AUGUCGUCUUGUCUAAGCGGCGGCGCUGCCUAUAGCUUCGAGCUGGAAACGAUGAAAUCGCCGCCGUCGAGAACCGCCUCACACAACACUCCUUCACCGUCAUCUACAAUCUCCGACUCCAAUUCUCCUCCGCUCGCAAUCUCCACCAGAAAGCCAAGAACUCGACGGAAACGUCCGAAUCAGACUUACGACGAAGCUGCUGCUCUUCUCUCCACCGCUUACCCAAACAUCUUCUCUUCCAAGAAAAAAACUCCGUCGAAUCCUCUGUUUCUCAGCGACUACGACGAAACUUCCCAGUUGCUUCUGCCGUUUGAGUCCAUCGAGGAUGAGUCUGAUUUUCUGUUCAAUCCCUCGAUUCAGACGAAAUCGGAUCACUUUUUCGAGCAUAAAGAGGUCAAUUUCGACGACAACGAAGUGAACCGGUUCGGUAUUUUCGACGAUUUCGACGCGGAAUCGAUUCUGGACGAGGAGGUUGAAGAAGGGAUCGAUAGUUUUAUGGGGAACAUUGAAUCCAACGACGGAGAGAAUCGUGGAAAUGGAGAAUCUGGAUUUUCCGGGAGGAAUUGUCACAGAAUCUGCCGAUUAGGGGAAAUGAUGAAGAGUCCUUGGUAUGGAGGCUCAACGGGAUUCGGAUUCGCCGGAAACUUGAACUUAGGGCUCGGAUUGAGGAGCGCUCUCCGGGAAAACGAUGACUUGAACUGGCGCAGAUUUCCCACCGUGGAAUUCGAACAGAUCUCGCCGAGGAUUCAUGUCACCACAAUCGACGUCGCUUCAGCCGCCGCAGCUAAUGGCGGCAAAUCCAACGCCGUGGAUAGUGGGAAGAAUAAGAUGAUCGCGACGGCGGCAGGAGACGAGAAAAAGAAGAAGAAGAAGAAGAAAAAAGUGGCUCCGGCGGCGGAAUUGAAGAGCCCCGAGAACCAGAAUCCGAUAUCGGAGCAGAGAGUGAGUCCGUUUUUGAAGCUGGACUAUGAUGGGGUUUUAGAGGCUUGGUCCGAUAAGGAUUCGCCGUUCUCCGACGAGUUUCUGGGUUCGGACGCUGCCGGAUCCGACGUCCAUGCAAGGUUGGCCGAGAUAGAUUUGUUCGGAGAAAGCGCAGUGAGAGAAGCUUGUGUGUUACGGUAUAAAGAGAAACGAAGGAAUCGUCUCUUCUCCAACUCCAAAAAAAUCCGAUAUCAAGUUCGCAAACUCAACGCCGAUCAACGACCCCGUAUGAAGGGGCGAUUUGUGAGAAGGCCCAAUGUAAGGAACUUCAGUGGGUUACGAUUCUAAGAAGAAGAGUCGAAAGAGCUUGAUCCCUUUUGAUUCUCGUCUCUUUUGUUUAUUCAUGUUUACUGGUUUUGUUGUGGGAGACUUUCAACUUCAGCCUCUCCAUCUUUGUUCUUUCUUAUACUGACACCCUGUGCUUUUUUUUUGUGUGUCUUAAGGGAAUGGGGAAGAAAUUUAGUUGAUUCGGG